AUGCCGUCGAACCCUCCCUCUACAUCUCCACCGAAAUCACCAUCUGCGCAUUCAAAAGGGUUGCUUUCCUACCCUACCUUAAAGAAGUCUCUGUCAGGGGCCGGACUUGAAGGGCGACCUGUUCUCCCUCGAACUCGGAGCCGAUCUGAUACCUGGGCUCAGACCCCCACCGGCUUCCGACAUGAUGGUGACGCACAUCUUCCCAUAAGCACUCAUUGCUGGCAAUGUGGUGCUGCUCUGCUCUCCUCGACUGUCCCGUUUCAGGAUGAAGCUCCACCAUUAUCGUCCACUUCCCGCCUGUCUUUGCUUUCCCAACUGGGACCUAUUGAACCGCAAGUACUCCCAGUAUCUGCCAACAACGAUCCUGAUACGCCUGGAAAACCAGACAUCACACCUGGUCUUUCCCAAAACGACAAGCUCAUGCGGAUGAAAGAUGCUAUGCUUGAUGCAACAGACAUACCUGUCCUUGCUCUGUGGCAAGAUCAAAGUAUAGCCGUACCCAACAAAGCAGUGGCCCGGAUGAUGCGCUUCGAUACAGAUCCAGUCUCCGAUGACGCAGGUGAUGUUCUUUCUCGCUACAUCGUUUUCACGGAGGAUUUUGAUCGAGAAUUGGAACAACACGAAUGGCCAAUUGUGAAGCUUUGUCGGACUCAGCAACCCUUUAGCAGGCUCAGGAUUGGAAUCAUAGACUCUCAAGCGAGGCAAAAAGUCUUUGAGACUGUCGGCCGAUGCGUUUACGACGAGAAGACUGGAGACUUCCAAGCUGCCGUCUGUGCAUUCAAGGAUGUGACUUGGUACACAGAGUUGCUUAAGGCACAGAGCGAACAAAAUGAACAGAACGAACAGCAAUUCCAACUAAUAUGUGAAACAUUACCUCAAAUGCUAUGGACUACCACUCCAGGGGGACUUAUAGACUACUUUUCUCCCUCAUGGUACGAUUAUACAGGUCUGACCACGGAUCAAUCGAUCGGGAUGCCUGGGGAUCGGAUCCCGUGUCAUCCAGAUGAUCUGACUCAGUACCUCAAAGAGUGGGUUCAUUGCCUAAGAACAGGUCAUGAUUACGUGAUGGAAUUCCGUCUCAGAAACCAUGAUGGUGCAUGGCGCUGGAUGCAGUCCAGGGGCUCGCCAUUGCGGGAUAAAUCUGGGAAGAUCAUAAAAUGGUUCGGAUCCUAUACAGACAUCAAUGACCUGGUCGAAGCCCGUCAGGAAGCAAAGAAAACCCGAGAACAAUUCCUCAACGUGAUCAAACAUUCAAGGGUCACCAUUUGGGCGAUCGACCGGGAUUGUACUAUCACAUUCCUUGAAGGCGAGCUCAUGUGGCAGGAUCAAAGCCCAGAAUUUAUGAAAGAAGCCAUUGGGAAAAACGUCGUCCAGUACUUCGGCGAACACAAAGAGAAGAAGGAUAGGGAUAUAUUUGCGGAUUUGAUUCGGUCAAUUUUGGACGGUAGAGUCAAGGAGUGGAGCGAUGAGCACCAGGUAGACGAUAAGAAUCGAUGGUAUCGCACACAAUUUUCCCCGAUUCUAGGUAUGAAGAAGGGAGACAGCGGAGGAAGCGAUGAAAAAUACAUUGAUGGGCUGAUUGCAAUCAGCAUGGAUGUUACCGAACUCAAGGAAAGAGAUAACAAGCUACAGUCCCAGGGAACGGAGAAUAUCAGGUUGUCCACCGCUGAAAAUGCUGCCAAAGAGGCAAGCAAACUCAAGAGUCAGUUCUUGGCCAACAUGUCACACGAGAUCCGGACACCAAUAGCAGGGGUCAUCGGCAUGUCAGAGCUUCUCCUGGAUACAUAUCUUGACAAAGAGCAGCGAGAAUUUACUGAGAGCAUUCAACGAUCAGCGAAUGGUCUCUUGACCGUCAUCAACGACGUUUUGGAUCUCUCCAAAGUCGAGUCUGGGAGAUUGGACAUCGAAGAAAUCCCCUUUUCUCUGUCAGUCGUGGUUCAAGACGUAUGCAAAAUGCUGUCUUUUGCCGCGGAGAGAAGAAACAUCCACUUCGAAAGCGAUGUUCAAGGAGAUAUUGAGCAGGAUCUGGUAGUGAUGGGAGAUCCAGGCCGCGUACGGCAGAUACUCACCAACCUACUGACCAAUAGCAUCAAGUUCACGUCGGAGGGUUACGUCAAGUUGACGGUCGAAAGUCAAAAGGAGACGAGUGACUUGAUUGAGAUUCUCUUUACUGUGGAGGACACGGGGAUUGGAAUUGAAAAGGAAGUGCAGCAACGGCUCUUCAAACCUUUCAGUCAAGCCGAUUCCAGCACGGCUCGGAAUUUUGGAGGGACCGGGCUCGGAUUGACCAUCAGCAAAAAUCUCGUCGAGUUAAUGCAUGGCGAUAUCAACUUGAAAUCGGAGUUCGGCUUGGGUACAACAACCACAUUCUGGAUACCAUUCAACAAGCCGCGAUCUUCAACGCUUGGCUCGCCCCUUAGGGAUGCAAGACUUGUGCCAGAGAGCUUUCGUUGGGAUACCUCAAUACCCGGAUGCCUUUCUGACGCGCAAAGUGUUGAUGGAGGUCUCCAGCAAAACGUGGCUCCACCAGAUCAUCUCAAUAGUAGGACUGGCACUGGCUUAGGACCGAUGCAUCCUGGAGAAGAUCCAAACGAGGAAUCGGUCCAGCGGGAGAUCGACCGUGGGCAUGUUCAUGUUCUGGUCGUGGAGGACAAUGCUAUCAACCAACAGAUCGCUCUCAAGACAGUCAGAAAAUUCGGAUUCUCCGUGAACGCGGUGUGGAAUGGCAAGGAAGCUCUCGAUUAUCUGCUAGAAGCUCCCAGCACGACUCACCCAAAACCGGAUAUUAUCCUCAUGGACUGCCAGAUGCCCAUCCUCGACGGCUAUCGAACCACCCAUCUCAUCCGUCAUCAUAGCCCUUACUCAGCGAUUGCUAGCAUACGGACCCUUCCCAUAGUAGCUAUGACGGCCUCCGCUAUUCAAGGCGACAAGGAAAAGUGCACCCAAGCAGGCAUGGAUGACUACCUCGCCAAGCCUGUCAGAGGCAAGACGCUGGAAAAGAUGCUUCUUAAAUGGGCCGUCGAAGGCAAACGAAGAUCGCGCAUCCGAGAAGCGUUUCCAACCCCUCACAUCGACAAUGAUAGCAUCUGUACUGCGUCCAGCUCUGCCUCUACCAGUGAGCUAAUCGAUCCUUAUGAAAGUAGCGAGCAUGAUCAAAAACUUGCGGUCUCGAAAGACCCCAAAGCAACAGAUCCUGGAAAGAGCAAAAUCAUGAUGCAGCGUCUGGCCCCCAACGAACAAGCCAUCAUCCUUCGCGAUCAAAAACUCAUGGUAGCCAGCCAUCCCAACCCACGCCAGCUGAGCAUCUCCAUGCCUCCAACUCCCUCAUCAAUGCGAAUCAAGCCCCCAAUCCCUGCGCUUACUGUCGAGAAUGUGGCCCGUCUGAGUCGCGAAUUUGAGGUCAAUCCUUUCGAUCUCCUCACCUUUAAUACGGCCAAUGAUGAUGAAUCAGACAGCGAUGGGUCGACUAGUCGGGUCACCUCGCCGGAGGAAGACGUCAAUCGAUUUGAGCCACGGAGGGAGUUAGUGCGCAAUGCGAGUAGUGAAAUCACGCUAAAAGCUCGCAAGAAGACGCAGUACAAGUAG